AUGGGUACGCUUGUGACCGUACCCAAAGUCCUUGUGGACUUAAAUGUAAAGUUCUUGGACUUUAACAGAAUGAAACGCUGUUUGGUCUUAGAUCUGGAUGCAAAGUAUGACCUUAUCCUAGGCAUGGAAUGGAGAGGACGCCAUGAGCCAUGGAUUGAUUGGAGGUCGAGAACCUUAGGCGCAACGCGCAAUGCUCCUGAAGAUGUAACUGUCGAGGACAAUAGUCCUGGGCGAAGCCCAAGGACUGUCGAUAGUGUGGUUGAGAACCCACUAGAUGAAGCUUAUGACAUGUGUCAUGAGAAUGAUGUUACAUCAUUAAACACCAUGAGUGGUGUUGGUGACUGCAAGAUAAGAUGUCGGGACAAGAGUCCAAUUGACAUAGUCACCAAUGAUGUUGUCUUUGAGGACACCGAGUUGCAAGCACCUCAUAACGAGGCAUUGACCCAAGCUGGUGGGGUGCAUUCAGUAAAUGGAGUGGUCUUUGACCUUGAGGUUUGUACGCCUGGAGACGCUGUUGCGUCGGAUGCCGAAAGCAUAAAAAAAAGUAGCAAUGAUAUCAUCAAGAGUGACGGUCAUAGCGACCAGAUAUAUGCACUUAUCAACGGUUUGACUGGGGAUGUUGAAGAGCCGGUGGCUCUUUCAGCAAUACCCGCAGUAAUUGCUCUGGUAGAGCUGGACGAGUUGUCCUUUGCCGAGUUUAACAGUGCCUUACAAGCAGGCGAUAACGCCGAAGUGGUCAUCAUACAAGCUGAAGAGGAGUUGAACUCCUCUGGCUUUUGGAUAUUGUAG